CGAAAACAAGAUUAAAUGCAGUUCUGGUAGCCUUGCAGGCCAUGCUGAGCAGGGCGAUUCUGUUAAGAGGACUGCACCCCUCCAACUUCCAAUGAGAAAAUACAAAAAGAAUGACUGCAACGAAAUACGGAGAGAAGUCAGAUCAAGGAAGCAAUGUCAAAGGUCCACACCAUUUAUGUCCAUCAACGUCGUCCACGCAUACAUGGCUACAUAUGCAUAUAUCGUUUUCUCCCCCAGAUAUAUCAUUCAAUCACCAACCAUUAUUCUCAUGCAUGUAUUGCCUCCUUCGCUCCAGAGCGUUUCUUGUUUGAGUAUCUUAAGCUGUUCUUUCUUCUGGCAGUCUGCGCACUUCAUUGUGCUGCUUUGGUCACUGCGGACUGAGGGGACUGGACAAUGGGGGAGACCAUCGUAGGACAUCUGGACAAGCUCACAAGGGACCACAUCCCCUCUCAUUACAGUACCACAUUUGCAUCGGGUUAUGGGUAAGAAACACAUAUCGACGAUGCCUCUGUCUCUAACUUAGAUUUGAGCGUCG